GCCUAAUAUGUAUUGGUGCGUGCUCACGAUUUUUGGGAAAUUUAAUACCUACGCUACGAAAAAUUAAUAUAGAUAACCAUACUCAAAUUCGUGACACAAUACUAUGCACACGUCACAAGAUACCGUCGCGGCACUGCGUAAAAAAUAUAAUUUUUCCGUAUUAAAUAAUAGUAUUUGGACACGCCGCCGGGUAAUUGGUAUAUAAAUUUGGGUUUGUUUACCUCCAAGCCGAAAUUGAUUCAAGAAGAAGAAGUAAAAAAUAUUUAUUGAUAACUGAUAAGGCGAUAGGGAUUAUUAUUGGGCAGAGUCUACGCCGUCGCCGACCCGUUGACCGAAGUCCGCCAAACAAAAAUCAUUAAGACGAACGCCGUCAGCGGUGCACUGGUGGUACUGGACGACUUUUGAAUGUGUCCCGUUCAAAAGUAACGGGACGUAUCCAUAAGGCGCCGGACGAUCGAAUAGCGUAUUUAAUCCACUGUACCAUGUCGGAUCAUUCGUCACUAGUCGCAACGUUCAAAGAAAAAUUGCGACCCAGAUACUAUGGCAAGUCCAGCGGAGCGAACAGUCGUUACAUCAAAGAGAACAUUUAUUUCAACGGUAUCGCUCUGAGGGAGUCACUGCUGUACGACAACGAGUAUCAGGACACACAGACCCACAAACGCAUGCUGAUCGGCCAGAACAACAAGACUGCCGCUUAUCCGAACAACAAGUGUCUAGAGUUAGAAAAAGGUUGUUUCAUAUAUCAGAAUCCCGCUAGCCAUUACGACGACAACGAUUUUAUACACAAGUUCACUGACAUGUCUAUGGUUAAUGAGCUCGAGGUAGUCAACAGCAAUUACAUGAAUUCCUUAGACACAAAAACAUAUAACCUGAAAAAAAAUGACCGUGAAGAAAUUCGUAAGCGCUUAGUAGAAGGUUAUCAUAACACGAGAAAGUCGACAAAAAAAUCAAGUUUAGAAUCUAGAUUACAAAACGGGUCUAAUCUACAGCUAUGCUUUAUGAACGAACAAUCUUCAGACACAGAAUUACCAAUUAAUAAUUGUGACAUCUCAGCUGAAGAUGAGAAGAUAAAAUCUGCUGCUGAACUCAAACAAGGACUGAAUUUGGCAAAAAAUCGAGCACGAGCACAUAUGAUUUCAGAUCAGCGCAAUUGUGUAAUUUCAGCUGUAAUUAAAGAAAGUCUUUCAAAAGUUGGAGUGAAGUUAGAUAAUGAUAGAAGACGUGUUAGUAGACAUUUCUUAAUGCGUUUAAACUUGGCACAACUACAAGUUAUUGUUAACGAUCUGCAUUCUUACAUUGAAUACUUAAACGAAAGCCUUGUGAAUUUAUUACUAGAGAGAGAUGAACUACAUAUGGCAAAGGAUUCAAUGUUGGUUGACAUUGAAGAUUUAAAACAUGUUACUCGCAUGUCAUAUUAACCCAAAAACUUACUUUCACAUUUUUUAAGCAAUUUGUAUUUUAAAAGUGUGUGUAACUUUAAAACAUUAGAACUGUAGUGUCGGAUAUUCAUAAGUAUCAUUAAUGAUAUUUUCAUUCCUUCAAGUAUUAUAUAUUUAUAACUUAUAAACAAGGUUGUACUUAAAAUACAAAUUUGGUAGGUAUUUUUAUAAAUAGGUCAUGAUGUUUUAUUAUAUUAUGUAUUCCUUGCUAUAAAAAACAAAAAAUUCUUUAAAUUUCAUAAGAGGGGUGAACUACAGGUACAGCUUUGUUUAUAGAUAUUUAGAUUAUUAAAACCUAUGGUUAGUGCCUAGAAUAUAUUUAUAGGUAAUUAAAUUGUUUUUAAAAUAUAUUAUUUCCUUGUGUUCUAUUAUAUUAUAUUACAUCAUAUACUAUAAUGUGGUAUCUUUUUAUAGUUAAUUUGAUGAUUUAAAUUUACUUAAAUCUUUCUCAUUUUGUUGAUCUUAUAGUUCUUUUAAGUUUUAAUUUUACAUUUAUAUUAGUACUGUUAAUUAUUGUUUACUAUCAACUAUGAAUAUAUUCUUGUCUUAACAUUAAGUAUUAAUUCUUUAAGUUUGAACAAAUUUUUAUUUAAAAUUAUACACUUCAUUCCAAAAACUUAUUACUAAUUAUAAUAAAUAAUUUAAUAUUAAUUAUAAUUUUAGAUAAAAACAUCUUUAUCGCAAUAAACCACAUAGCGCUUAUAACAUAAACCGACACUACAGAAUAUAUUUUUUGUUUUGCUUACGCACAAAAUUUAAUACCUAUAUAGAAUAUCCAAUUAACCAAAACUGUUGUUAUGUUAUUAUGUUAAACUAUUUUUAUGCUAGAAUAUUUAGAUAUUGUUUGUGUAUUGGCUUGUCUUUUUAAAUCAAUACACAAUAUUAUAGAAUAAAAAUAAAUGUUUUCUUUAUUUUAUAAA